CAACUCUGUAUAGACUGUGUUGUGUAUGAUGACCACCAGAGGGCGCCAACAGUGAACCCUCCAGACUUCCACUUCAAAAAAACGUAACCACGUGAUGUGUGACGGAGAACGCGUCAUCUUUGACCCCGGAAGUAAUUCACCACGUGCUCUGAUGGAGGAGAGCAGCAGCACGCGGAGUAACGAGCAGAGGAAGGAGAUGAAGAAAGUCCUGGAAAAGACUGUGAAGAAGAGGAGUAAAGAGGAGCAGGAGGAGGAGGAGGAGGAGGAGCAGCAGGAGGAGGAGAUCUUCAACUUCAAAUGUACGGAGGAGAGGAAGAAGACGGAGGAGGAAGAGGAGGAGGAGAAGAAGACGGAGCAGGAGGAGGAAGAGGACCUGUCGGACAGCGAGGACAGUGUCUUCUCAGGACUGGAAGAUUCUGGGAGUGACAGUGCGGAUGAUGAGGAAGAGGAGGGAUCAGAUGAUGAAGAAGCAGAAAAGGACGAUGAUCCGAAGAUAGAAAAGGAGAAGAAGAUGGGGGUGACGGAGAUAGAGGAAGAGGAGGAGGUGGCGGCGGCGACAGAAGCGAAGCAAGACGAUGAGUACAAACACGACUCUUCGGACGAGGAGCGGGCUCUGUGGGAGCAGCAGGACGCCUCAGACAGGAAGCUGCCGUUCGUCCCCAGGAAGUUCUCCAGCCUCCGGCAGGUUCCUGCGUUUCCUCGGUUCCUCCACGAGAGGUUUGAGCGCUGCCUGGACCUUUACCUGUGCCCCCGCCAGAGGAAGAUGAGGGUGAACGUCAACCCAGAGGACCUGAUCCCCAAGCUGCCCAAGCCCAGAGACCUGCAGCCGUUCCCUACCACUCAGUCUCUGGUGUAUCGGGGUCACAGCGGUCUGGUCCGCUCCAUCAGUGUGUCUCCAUCAGGUCAAUGGCUCGCCUCAGGAAGCUAUGACUCCUGCCUCCAGAGGUUCUGGGAGGUGCGCUCGUCUUCGCCAUGCCAACAGACCAUCCAGGUGGGCGGAGCCGUGAAGAGCGUGGCGUGGAACCCCAACCCGCUGCUCUGCCUGCUGGCCGUCGCCCGGGACUCCGUGGUGCUGAUCCUGUCGCCCUCUCUGGCAGACAGACAGGUUGUCUUGUCCACAGAGCGACUCCUCUCAGGUCAGCGGGAGGCGGAGUCUACUGAGGAGGUGGGCCCUGUGACGUGGACCGACGCAGAAGGGGAGGAGCUUAGCCAAGGAAUCAACCUCAAAAUACAACACCCCAAAGCUGUCCACCAGGUGACGUGGCACGCUAAAGGAGAUUACCUGGCGUCGGUAAUGCCCGAUCACUCCAGCCACCUGCAGGUGUUCAUCCACCAGGUGAGCCGGAGGCGGAGUCAGAACCCCUUCAGGAAGAACAAAGGUCUGGUCCAGUGCGUGUCCUUCCACCCGGUCCGGCCCUACUUCUUCGUGGGGACGCAGCGCUCGGUCCGGAUCUACAACCUGGUGAAACAGGAAAUGACCAAAAAACUACAGGCCAACUCCAAGUGGAUCUCCAGCAUGGCCGUCCACCCCGGGGGUGAUCAUGUGAUCUGUGGGAGUUACGACUGCAGGCUGAGCUGGUUCGACCUCGACCUCUCAACCAAACCCUACAAGAUGUUGCGACACCACAAGAAGUCAGUGAGGUUGCGGGCCUUCCACGGCUAAUACCCGCCACCGCUGUUCGCCUCGGCGUCGGACGACGGCUCGGUGAUCGUCUGCCACGGGACGGUGUACAGUGACCUGCUGCAGAACCCAUUGAUCGUCCCGGUGAAGGUUCUCCGAGGUCAUGUGAUCACGCAUGACCUCGGAGUCCUAGAUGUGACCUUUCACCCCACUCAACCCUGGGUCUUCUCCUCCGGAGCCGAUGCCACUAUACGCCUCUUCACCUAGCAACCUGCCCACCCACCACCAACCCACCCACCACCAUCAACCCACCCACCACCAACCCACCAUCAACCCACCAUCAACCAACCCACC